GCGCGGCGACUCCCAGACGUCAUGGCGGCCGAGCUGAGCGACAUGGCGGAGCCGCCCGCGGUCCCGCCGCCGCCGCCGCCGCCUUCCUCCUCUUCCUCCUCCUCCGCGUCGCCCUCAGGCGAAGAGGCGGCCGAGAGCGAAGCCGCCUCCGCCUCUUCCUCCUCCUCUUCUUCCUCCUCCUCCUCCACCUCCGCGGCGGGAGUUGAGGCCGAGCCGCCCCCAGCGGCGCUGAACGGCGAAGGGGCGGAAAGCAUGUCGGAGCCCAGCCCGGAGAGCGCCAGCCAGGCCGGAGACGGCGACGACGAAGAGGAGGAGGACGGCGACGACGAGGAGGAAGACGACGACGACGAAGAGGAGGAGGAGGAAGAGGACGACGCCGAGGACGAAGACGACGAGGAGGAGGAGGAGGAGGAAGCCGAGGCCGGCUCUUCCAGCGGCUGCUGCACCGACGACGCCCGUUCGCUCAGCCCCGGCGGCAGCGAGGCCGACGUCAAGGGCGGCUCGGGCGGGGCCGGCGUGGGCGCGGGCGGAGGGCCUGACGGCUCCGGUGGCGGCGGCGGCGGCGGCAGCAGCGGCGGGGACUCCAGUGAAGCGUCGGCGGCCCCACAAGCGUCGGCGGCAUCGUCCGAAGGGGACGCGGGGACGGGCGGCAGCAGCGGAGGAGCGUCGGCCGGGGCUGACGAAGGCUACGGCACCGGGAGCGGCGGCGGGGGCGGCAGCAGCUCCUGCAGUGCCACGUCGGGCGGCCGCAGGGGCAGCCUGGAAAUCUCCUCCGACGGGGAGCCCCUCAGCCGCAUGGACUCCGAGGACAGCAUAAGCAGUACCAUAAUGGAUGUAGACAGUACAAUUUCCAGUGGACGAUCAACUCCAGUCAUGAUGAAUGGACAGGGAGUGACGACUUCAUCUGCAAAAAGUAUUGCUUAUAAUUGCUGCUGGGACCAGUGCCACUCUUGCUUCAACUCUAGUCCGGAUCUAGCAGAUCACAUUCGGUCCAUACAUGUAGAUGGUCAGCGAGGAGGGGUAUUUGUUUGCUUAUGGAAAGGCUGCAAAGUGUAUAACACACCAUCAACAAGUCAGAGUUGGUUACAGCGGCAUAUGUUGACCCAUAGUGGGGACAAACCUUUUAAAUGCGUUGUGGGAGGAUGCAAUGCUAGUUUUGCUUCCCAGAGUGGACUGGCUCGGCAUGUACCAACACACUUCAGUCAGCAGAAUUCUUCAAAAGUUACCAACCAGCCAAAGGCAAAAGAAGAGUCUCCUUCUAAAGCUGGAAUGAACAAAAGAAAGAAGUUAAAGAACAAACGGAGGCGCUCCUUACGGCUGGUGCCAGACUGUGCUGGGGAACUCUUAACCACUGACAAGAGAAUAGGAGUGGUCACACGUCAUGCAAGACCUCAUGACUUCUUUGAUGCACAGACCUUGGACGCCAUACGGCAUCGAGCUAUUUGCUUUAACCUUUCUGCUCACAUAGAAAGUUUGGGAAAAGGCCACAGUGUUGUAUUUCACAGUACUGUAAUGGCUAAAAGGAAAGAGGACUCUGGAAAAGUUAAGUUGCUGCUUCACUGGACUCCAGAAGAUAUUCUUCCUGAUGUGUGGGUAAAUGAAAGUGAAAGGCAUCAAUUAAAAACUAAAGUAGUUCAUUUAUCAAAACUACCAAAAGAUACUGCUUUGCUUCUGGACCCAAACAUAUACAGAAAGUCUAGUAAAGGAGGUACAUUCAAUGGAAUCCUGAAAGAUCACUUCUCUUAAGAUCACAUGCUGAACAAUGCCACAGAAGAGGUUGAAGAGGUAAAAAUCGACUUGGUGGGGGCACCUAACCUACCAUCUUAGUCACUGACCAUGGAAUUAGAAUUGCACAUUCCUUGAGUCCUUUACCUUCAUCCACUGACACCCACCCACACACCCACGGCACACCCACCCCUUCUGUGCCCAACUGCUGCCAGCCUAUGAUUGGUCUAACCAUUCUGUGAAUGAAGUUGAAGCAUCUAUGGAAUAUAUUAUAUAUAAAUGUCUAACAUAACCUUUAAUGGGACGGUACAAUGGUGAAGCUUCUCCGGCACGCUCACCAAUGUUUUUGUUUUUGAAACUUGUUUCAAAACAAGUUCCAACUUGUUUUCAAGACUCUCUUGAAACUUGGAUGAACUGGCAAUCGCUGACUUGCCAGGUGAAAACCAUCCUGGCCAUUGUUACUCACAUUUUUAAUUUUUUUAUUACUAUCAUUAUUUUUGGUAAGCAAACUCUUGAAAUCUCAUCAUUGAUAAGCGACAGAGAGAAUUCUUGGUGGACCGUCUCCGUUGUCACUUUAGUGAAUUUGUGGUGUCCAAUCACAUAACCUUAAGUGGUGGUAUCAUGUUUAAGCAAAAUGGUGAUGGCAUACUUUGAUUUUUAGCAGAAUAUAAAUAUAUAUAAAUAUACAUAUAUAUAUAUAUUCAGGGGAGGUUGAUCAAUGUUAGAUGUUGCUGUAUAUCCGAUCCUCUUCAUAAGAUAUUACUGUAUAUUAAUCAGACUUUAAUAAUAUCUAUACAAAAAAAGAAGAAGAAACAACAUUGGUUUUAUAUUCUAUUUGGCUUUUAAAACUCCAGCUUGCUUUUAAAGAUUAUAUUGCCUCCCUUUCCCUUCUUUUGGCCUAAAUGUUUCUGUUAUGUCCAAAAAAAAAAAAAGUAUUUUUUAAAAAGAAGCAUUUAAAAAUACAAUCGUUUAUGCACCAAAGUUGGCUAUGAAAAGAUUUAAAUUGCUUCCUCACUUUAUUAAGCAAGGAAUUACGGAAUUUUUUUUAACCCUACAGGAAUAGAAAACUUGUGUAUCUUGUUUGUCUUGUAUUGAGACAAAAAAAAAAAAAAGUUGCAUAUAGAGAAUGGGACGUUGCUUGUAAAUAGUUUUGCAGAUUUGUAAUAUAUUUUUAUAUCACAAAAUGUAGAUGUUUUUUCCUAGAGGCAUGGAAGUUAAAAUGUAUAUAUUAUGGUAGAAAUAAUAUUGAAGGAUAUUGUAUGUCAUUAGCGCUGCCAGAAUUUGUUUAAAGCAAGCACCUUUCUUAACAAUAAUAUGUCUCUUGGAUUUCUAAGAGACUCUAUACUACUGUUAAUAAGAACAAAACACAUUAGGUAUCCUUUCAGAAAUCUUUGAAGGAUGCAUAAUAUCCAUAGAAGGUUUAUAGCACCUCACUGCUGAACAUGGAUAUGAAAUCGAUCUUUUCCUUGCUUGUUGGAAGGAACAAAUGUAAAAUAAAUGACUUAAUAAGGUGGCUAUAUGCAGUCAAACUGCAUGAUUAACCCUUCCUGUUUAGGAGGAUUUUUUCUUUAUUUUUUAUUUUAUUUUAUUUUAUUAUUUUUUGCAUUACUACAGCGACUUUUUUUUUUUUACACUCUCUUGUUUUUAAUUAAACAGCAAAUAAAUUAAAGUCUAAAGUUUUGGGAGAUAGAAGUUGGAGGUUUUUUUAUUUUAUUUUAUUUUUUUCGAAUUGUAUAAGGAGAGCUGCCUUAAUGAAGGUAAAAUGCUUGUUUGGUUCCUGGUGGAUUUAAAAUGUUUUCACAAACAUUUAAAUUUUAUUAUUGUGCAGAUUUAGAAGCACUGCUGACAUGGAAUGGUUCUGGAAUACUGUAGUUGUUUGACAAUGGUAUUUCAUAAAGAUCUGUGGCAAUGUUAACUAUUUAAAACAGAUGCCGUUUGUUUCAUCUUUUCUUUUUAAUUUUGCUUAAGCACUUCCGUUACUGCUUUAUCUUCAAUAAAUGGUCAUCUGUAAUUGCUUGAGUUCCUUUUCUUUAAGAAGCAUAACAUUGCCAAAUAGGUGUUUUCCGAUAUAGUUUGUAUUUGUAUUUUUUUUAAAUCUUAUUGUUUCAUGAAUCUCUUGUAUGCCAUUCAUAAUUGACAGAUGAUUGUAGACUUUGCUGGAGUAUUUUUUCUAAUAAAAGAAAGCAAAUGCAA